UAUAUCAUAAAUAUGUGUGUAUAUAUAUAUAUAUAAAUAAGUAGAAUAUCACCAAAGAAACAACCUCUUCUCAUUAUGUUGCUAAAGCCAAUCUCCUAAGCCUAUACUCACUUUGUAUAGAAAAGAACAAAAAAAAAAAAAUGAAAAGGUCUUCAACUUGUUCUUCUUCCUCUAAUUCUUCCAUAGCCUCACCUUCAUCACCAUCAUCACCAUCAUCACCAUCAUUAUCAUCAUCAUCAUCACCAUCAUCAUCAUCAUCUGAGUCUCCUCAAAAUGUUGUAUCAGUGAUAUCAGAGAAACCCAAGGGUAAAAGGGUAAGAAAGAAUCAAAACCAGAAAUGCAUCUCCAGUAAUGCUAACACUAGCAGAAGAAGCUCCAUUUACAGAGGAGUCACCAGACAUAGAUGGACUGGGAGAUUUGAGGCUCACCUUUGGGACAAGACAUCAUGGAACAGCAUUCAAAACAAGAAGGGAAGGCAAGUUUAUUUGGGGGCUUAUGAUAGUGAGGAAGAUGCAGCUAGAACCUAUGAUCUCGCAGCACUCAAGUACUGGGGGCCGGAAACCACCUUGAAUUUUCCGGUAGAGAGAUAUGGAAAAGAGAUUGAAGAAAUGAACAAGGUAUCAAAGGAAGAGUAUUUGGCAUCCUUACGGCGGCGGAGCAGCGGAUUUUCGAGAGGAAUUUCGAAGUACCGCGGGGUUGCUAGGCAUCACCACAAUGGGAGAUGGGAAGCACGAAUUGGUCGAGUUUUUGGGAACAAAUACCUCUAUUUAGGAACUUAUAACACAGAAGAGGAAGCUGCCGCAGCAUAUGAUAUGGCAGCAUUGGAAUAUAGGGGAGUCAAUGCCGUCACCAAUUUUGAUAUUAGCCAUUACGUUGAACGUUUGAUGGAGAAAGGGAUUUUAUAUCUCGAUCCAACGCCCGAACAAAGUCCCAGCUCGGUUGAAGCUGGACCAAUAGAAGUCGAACAACAACCGCAACAAGGAUAUGAAGCUGCUGAUGAACAUCAACAUUUUCAGAACAUGCAAAUGCAGCUGCCUCUAUGCAACGAUAAUGCGACGACAAUGGUGGGAACGGAGACGACCGACGGCAACGAGCUAGCAUGGAGUUUCUGCAUGGAUUCAGGGUUGACAUCGUUUUUUUCUCCGGAGUUUCCGACCGUGUUCGAUGAUAUGGGGUUUGAGGAUAAUGUCGAUUCGUUAUUCGAUUUAGGGAAUAACAAAAAUGCAGUGGGCCGAAAAUGCUUGUCGGAUGAGGCAAGUUGUGUUGAAGUUGGUGAUUCCUCAACAACCUCAGUUUCUUGUGAUGGUUUUUCAUUUUGGGGUUAAGAGUUGGGAUUGUUGGGACUUUGGUGGUGGAUGGAUAUGCCAAAGAUUCAAUAUAUAUGUUAUGCAUGUAUUUCCUUUCUUUAAUUAAAUUCAAAUGAAAAGAGAAAGAGGGACCAAAAAGAAAAGGUAAAAAUUUCUCCUUUUGGUCUUUUUGUUUAA